CCAUUUUCAUUUGACGGAAAUGACAGAACAGAGAGAUGUCAAACAAUUGGAGAAAAAAUUAGAAAAAAGCACACACACAACAAACAAACAAAAAGCGUUUAGAAAGAGCAGCUCACAAUAAACUUACCUACAAAAACAUCAUAAUUUGUCGCGGGCAUCGGAAUUUUAUUUGUGUUGAGUGCAAAAAUAGUUAGGUUUCGAUCCCGAAAUUGUGCGGUUCGCGUGAAAGUUUAGUAAAAAGCAGUGUUGAAGAAGUUUAGAUAUCAAAGGGAAACCAACAAUAAGAAGAACAUUGUUUGUGCGUUCCUGAAGUUAUUUUAUCACCGGAGAACGGAUCACUUUGGAUGCUGGUCUGCACUCUGUAAUGGACGAUUGAUAAUAGUUUGGAUAAUAGUAGGUGGUAUCCAACGAUAGAGUGUUAAAUACAAGCGUCUUAGCAUAAAUUCCUGCUCCACUGGUGUCGUUUUCCACGUUGUGCAAACUAAUAGUAAUUUUAGUAUCAUGCCUCAACGGAAAAAGUCCACAAGCACGGAGUCCAGUAGUGGCAGUUCUUCAGACUCCAGCUCCAGUGGAUCAGACUCAGGGAGCUCUGGAGGUUCCGAUUCCGGAAGUUCGAGUAGUGAAAGCGAUUCUUCCAGCUCGAGAGAACCAUCACCUCGCCCUACGAAUAACAACAACUCCGCACUUGCCGCUGCAACGAGUGGAAAUGUCACACAAUCGAAAACGAAUGAUAAAAUUGUGAGACGACGAAGUUCUGAGGUCGGCGGAGCUACAAUCAAAACAGGCAGCAAACCAGAUGCUACCAAGGAUAAGCCACUCGCACUCAAACAACAGAAACUUUCGAAGAGUUCUAUUUCAUCCAGUGAUGACGAUGACUCGGAACCGGAUAAUAGUAAAGCGCCCAUGGCGGGUAAAAAAGCUCCACCUGCAGAAAUGGCGAAGAAAAAACCCGUGGCAGCUGUUACGGGGAAAGAACGUGCACCCGGACCGUUGCCGAUCGGUGGCGGAAAGGUUCCACCAUCCGUCAUUAAACAGCAACAUCAACAGCACCAUCAAAAUUCAACUCCCGCUACAAAGGGAGCGGUAAAGGCUAGCACGGUAGUAAAAAGUUUACACAAAUCAAACAACAACGGUUCCAGCGCUGGAUCGGGGGUGAAAAAGCCAACCCCAAGUGCGGCUCAAUCAUUGACGACACCUGCCAGCAAGGGCAAGAAGAAGAGCAUUUUUUCACCCGUCAAUUCAUCGGAAUCGGAGGUUGAAACGACACCGGAAAAGACGGAAAUGCAAGAUAGGCGAACAUCUAGCUCCAGUUCUACCAGUGGGAAUGCCGUGUCGGCUGCUAACACGGGAGCUGGUUCCGAUUUGUUCGAGAAGAAUCCUACCGGAAAUGCUACCUCGGGCACAGCAUUACAGCGUGGACGCGGUCGUCCUCGCAAGGCAUCGCAAGUAAGCACACAGAAUAUCACCGCCCCAAAACCGGUCGGACAGGUAAAGCCACAGAUAAGUAGCAGUAGCUCGAGUGGUACGAACAAAGCUGCCAGUCCAACCGCUGUUCCAUCGUCCAAAUCGAUAAAAUCCCCAAUCCGAGCACUCUCGUCAGCCACGUCUAGUUCGAGCGAAUCUUCCUCCAGUGGAUCGUCGGACUCGGAAACAGAAUCGUCGGAAGAUUCUUCACCAUCGAUCAGUGCUGCCGCUGCACAUAAUUAUAAGAAAACCAACAGCACAAUGAAGCGGGUGCUCGAAAGAACCCCGCAGAAGACCGAAACCAAGGAUGGUAUCGGUGCCGGCUCAGAUUCGGAGACGGAAACGCUAAAACAAACGAGAAAGUUAACACGUUCGGCAAGCACACGGAAAUCGAAACACUUGCUUGGCAAGAACGCUUCCGAAACGGAUUCCGAUGUAGAUAGUGUGAAAAAUGCGGCCUCGAAAAGUCCGGUCAAGAAACCUCCCACCGUCCCGUCGAAAGGUAAGGCAAAGAAUAAUAUUGCCAACUCAUUGUCCAGCAAGCGAGCGAACGAUAAACCGGCCACGAAGGAACUGCUCAUCGAGGAAGCUCCGGUCGAGCGCUGUUGUCCGCUGGAAAAGUGUGACUCGCUGGGGCAUAUGGGUGGCCAGUUCGAGAAACACUUCACCCUAGAGGCUUGCCCAAUGUACCACAAUAUGACGAUCGAUCAAACGAAGCUAUUGCUGCACGAGCGCAAAUUACGCGAAGACGAACGGCGACGAUCGAUUCCGGUGUACGAGAAUUCGAAAAAGAUUCAAACGCCAGAACAGAAGCUGUACGCACAAAAGAUCCGCGACUUGCGGGCACGCUUCAAACCGUCCACUCCGCCUCCUCCUGCAGAGCGCCCAAAACCGUUGAUCGAUCGCGAUGGUAAUGAGAUUAAGCCCGAACCCAACAUAGAGGGUGUUGUGCCGGACUAUGAUCUGCAGUUGUUCCGUGAAGCGCAAGCACUGGCAAGUGAAAGUAUCGAAAAAGAGCUGGGCGAUAUGGUUACCGGGAAGGGUACGAAAUACAUUUCCAUGGGACGGCACUGUAUGCAGGUGUGGUAUCAAUCCCCAUAUCCGGACGAUGCGACUAGAUUACCAAAGCUGUAUCUGUGCGAAUUCUGCCUGCGGUAUCAAAAGUCGGAAGUGGGAAUGAAGCGCCAUGCGGCUAAAUGCGUCUGGCGACAUCCGCCGGGUGAUGAGAUUUAUCGCAAGGGCAAACUUGGCGUGUGGCAAGUGGAUGGUAAACGACACAAACAGUAUUGUCAGCAUCUAUGUUUGCUGGCCAAAUUCUUUCUCGACCAUAAAACGCUAUACUACGAUGUGGAACCGUUUCUCUUUUACGUGAUGACGCUGGCCGAUAGUGAUGGAUGCCAUACGGUGGGAUAUUUCAGCAAGGAGAAAAACUCAUUCCUCAACUACAAUGUGUCGUGUAUCCUUACCUUACCACCGUACCAAAGGAAGGGCUAUGGCCGGUUGUUGAUCGACUUCAGUUACCUAUUGACACGAGUGGAAGGUAAAAUAGGUUCGCCGGAAAAACCUCUUUCUGAUCUGGGGUUGAUAUCGUAUCGCUCAUAUUGGAAAGACGUUUUGUUAGCCUAUUUAUGCUCCCGACCUGGAACUACACUCAGCAUAAAGGAUAUUUCACAGGAAAUGGCGAUCAAUUCCUAUGAUAUUGUUAGUACACUGCAGGCACUUGGUAUGAUGAAAUACUGGAAAGGGAAACACAUUAUACUUAAAAAACAGGAUGUUCUGGAAGAGUACGAGGAACGUGUAAAGCGUCGCGGUAACAUGCCUAAGAUUGAUCAAUCGUGCUUGAAGUGGACACCAUUUGUUGCACCGACACCGUCAACGCCAUCAUCCUAGCGCCAGCCACAUAUGAAUAAUGUUCAUACUAUUUACAACAACACCGGCCAUCCAACGAUAGGGACGAAUAAUUGUUUGAGUAAAAACAAUUUUCGGGGCGUUUUCUAAACUCGUGGAAAGAUUCCGUGCAAGCUACAGUUUUUUGGUAGCUAUUAUACAAAAGCUAGAUUCAAUUUUAAUCACUUGCUUUCACCAGAUACUAACAUAAGAAAAUAGAAACGUAAGCAAUUUUAACGUACAGUGCAUUUCAUAAUUAUAGUUGCAUAAGGGUAACUAAUUAAGUAGAUAUUUUUUAGUAUCGACGAGCAAUUUUGUCACUGUACAGAGUAUAAUUAUUGUUCGGCUAAGUAUUUAAUAUAUAUUGACAAAUCGAAGCGAGAUAUAUGUGUUAAUUUAAUAGAAUUAGGUAUUUGAAAAAUAUUGUAAAAUAAGAACAGCAAUUUAGCUUAAAUCACUUUAAAUCCCAUUUAUGCGUGUGAAUGAUCACACAUUUAGUAUGAAUACGUUGUUUAUGUUUCGUUUCUUCUUACGAGUAACAAAAUAAAUGUAUGUAAAUGAAGUGUAUAAAAUUAAUUUUAAAC